AUGCGAAAUGCAGAGCGUCGGCAUCAGCUAAAACGUGGUGGCUUGCCCGUGCAUAAUGGCUGCUUUGAUGGACCCCCCUCACAAUCCAACAAUCGGCACAAUGAAGUCAGCGACGUCGAGGAGAUGCUAAAUCUAUUCAGUCAGAAUCCACCAUCAAGCGUUACAAGAUGGGAUGAGGAGAUUUUAGUGGAGUCGUGGGUGUUUGGAACACAUACCAUAAUAGUGUACUUGGUACAUACUACUCAUAGACCAGGGUCGAGACGGCCAGGACAGCCGAAGCCGAAUCUGCCUGGUCUCGGCUUGGGAUCUCUUGGAUCGCAGGCGGAAUACUGGAAUACUGGAUACUGGAAUACUAUGUUCGGGCGAUAUGUCCAUUGUUCAUUCACUACACUACUACUACUGUCCACCGACUGCAUCUCCACAGCCCGCAAUCCACCCUUCACUCCACAGUCCACAGUCCACAGUCCACCACUAAUCAGUAACUAG